AUGGCCGCCUCCGCGUCUGAGCUCACCACGAGCUACCGAAAUUUGUUGGGGUGGUACAACUGCCUACACUCUCGAACCGUUGACCUAGUCGGUGACUAUGCGGGCGAUGACCUUUUCAUCAUUGAGGGUGACUCCCUUCUUCUACAUGCGUUCUGUGAUGAACAGUUAGACUUUUCGCCAGGUCUCCAGAUACUCCACGCGACCUAUAUUGUAGAGGCCUUUCUGAACAGACUGCGUCAGCGCAGAUGUGUUUUUCAAAUUAUUUUUUUUACUGAUCACGCCCACUUGUGUAUACCAAAUGGCGUAGCUGAAGAGCUUCGCCCAAGGUAUCUUUUUGCCCGAGAGGCAAUCAUUCAGCAUCUCUGCCAGAAUGCUGCUCCGUCCAUAGAAAUUAAGAUCUUUAAGAAUUAUCGCCUUGAAGACUUCAGAGUCCACCUCCCGUCCUCCGGAGCAUAUUUUUUUAUGUGCCAUGAUGGCGCAUUGUCUGAAUCAAUAGAAUCAAGAGGCAUAGAUAGCGAUAUAGAAGAGUCCGAUGAGUCUGAAUCCGAGGAUGAUUACUCUGAAGACGAUAUUUCCGGGGAAACGCCUUUGGGCAGUCAAAGCAGCCGUUCAAAGUUUGACUUGCGGCUUAUGAUAAAUUGGCUUAUGUCUCAUGGAUAUAACAUUGCUCUUAUUAAUAGUGUCGAGUUCAAAGACUCAAAGAUCAUGGCGAUGAUCGUUGAAGGAUCCGCCCCAAAGGCCAAAAAACUCUUAUGUAGUUUGAUGCCCAUUGAUACAAACGGUGUGCAGGAUCUAUCUGACUCUGAAGAGCACCCUACUCAAUUUGGAUCUACGGGAAUGUUCCUUCCUGUAUCUUAUACUGCGGGAGAUGCGCCACUCGAAUUUCCUCAAGCAGAAGAACUCCUCAAAAGGCUGGUGAUGCAUAACCCAGACCUAACGCAGCGACAAUGCCUGGCCAUUGCAUCUUUGAGCAUAAUGCUCAAUUCUGAUACCAUUGGCUGUACUACCGAUGAAGCCAAGGCUAUGAUUUUGCAUACAGUACUUCUGCAGAAUAUUCAAAUGUUGGAUAGACUAGUUGAGUCUUGCUAUACCGACACGGCUAACGAAUUUUUCAACAAAUUCGCAAAAACAGCCCUCUCACUACUUUCUUCACGUUUUUGGAGAGAAACAAUGAGUAACGCCGGAUCAGUGUGCGAUCUAUCGGAUGCGGUAGAUGCGAGGCUUUUUCUUAAGGUCCACAGGUUCCUAAUGAGAAAUGAUGAGACCAUACCGCUCAUGUGUUUAACACCCUUUACAGAUCUUGUAUCUCUGCUUAACCUUCUUUCUGGAGCUAAUAUUCCUUUGCCACAGGCAGAACAAAAACAAAAAAUCCCAACUAACCCCGCAGACUCCUCUAGCAAAUACCAGAAUAAAUGCGUCAACAUUUCCACUAGAGUGCUUCCCUUCAAAAAUCCUGUUUUUGAGGCCCACUUACAACCGAUUCGUCUAUCGAUUGAUAAUUCUGCAAACUCAGUCACUGAAACAGAAACUUCGAAACUGUUUCAGGAGUUAACUCACUGGCAUAACCAUAGGCGGCCGCUUGAUCAGAAGGCAAAAGUUCCAUUGACCCCCUUGCAGAUCCUUCGAUCCCAACGCCGAAACCAGUUUUUCAUGGCUGAAAUGAGAGAUUAUGCGUUAACUAUGUCCAGCUCUGGGGGCGCCUUUGAGCCGGAAACGGUAUUCGUGACAUCCGCGAAAGCAAAGCAGCAGAAAAUCACGAACAGUGCCACGACAGAAGUUCGUAACUCUGGCUCAACUAAGACUCUUCCAAAAUCCGGUAAAAAGGUUCAAUCCAAAGGCAGCAAGCCAUCCGUUAAGGACAUGGCUGCUUUCAAUGCUCAGCAAAAGGAGUUGGAAGCAAUCCAAAAACAGAUACAAAAAUGGGGCUAUAAACGGGCGACCCUGGACAAGGAAAGUGAUGUCAUGUCUCGCUUUAUCAAAGCGAGAACAUAUUUGUCGGGUUUGGCAAAAGAUAGUCGCCUUGUCCUUGAAGCUGAAGUUUUAAUCUACAUGCUGGAUACUCUUCUUCAAAUACUGAUUGACACAGAAGAAAAGCAGCGGCAAAUGAAUACUGUGGCACUGAUUUGGAAUACUAUCAACUGCGCUGGGAAGGUUAAGUCCGGCAUCCCCGCUGAUGGCGUAUCAUUUAUUACGGCUGUUACUAAAUUGCUUGGAUUGCCGAGUAUUGAUGUUCGCACCCGAGAGGAAGAUAAGCUCUCCUUUAAAUGCGCUUCUCCUCUUAGAUUCAAUAAAGUCGAUAUCAACACGAAAAUGUCACCAAUGGAGUUUCAACUUAUGCAUGCAGGUCCUUUUAUGGAUCGCAACAUGGACUCUGCACCAGACCCGCGAACUCCGGACUUUGAGCCAGAUCGGUGGCAGCGUGACGUCCUGGAUCAGAUCGACGAAAAGAAAAGCGUGUUUGUAGUUGCUCCUACUAGUGCUGGAAAAACAUUCAUAUCCUUCUAUGCUAUGAAACAAAUUCUAAAGGAGGACGAUGAUGGAGUUCUUGUAUAUGUCGCCCCCACGAAAGCCCUUGUCAAUCAGAUUGCCGCAGAGAUCCAAGCCCGCUUUUCAAAAAAUUAUAACGCUAAGCAUGGCGGGAAGUCGGUAUGGGCAAUACACACCAGAGAUUACCGUAUCAACAAUCCCAACGGCUGUCAAAUCCUAGUCACAGUGCCUCACAUUCUCCAGAUUAUGCUGCUUUCGCCAUCCAAUGCAAAAUCGUGGUCCCCUCGUGUUAAGCGCGUUAUCUUUGACGAGAUCCAUUGCAUCGGACAGGCUGAAGACGGUGUUAUAUGGGAACAACUACUGCUUCUAUCACCAUGCCCAAUUAUCGCCCUAUCAGCUACCGUUGGAAACCCCAGGGAAUUUUGCGAUUGGUUAAGCCUAACACAAAAGGCAAAUAAUAUUGAUUUGACAAUGAUUGAGCAUCGGCAUCGCUACUCGGAACUACGAAAAUAUACCUACAAUGUGCCCCAUAUAUUCUCUUUCAAAAGGCUUCCAGAUCCUGUUCCAUUAGCCCCCCUUGACUUGGAUGACAUUCCCGAAAUGUCUUUCGUUCAUCCAGUUGCCAGCUUGGUGGACCGCUCAAGGGGGAUGCCAGAUGAUCUUAGCCUUGAGCCACGAGACUGCUUUACGCUAUGGAAAGCGAUGAUGAAGCAUCAGACGAAGAAUUUCCCGGUAGAUCCAUCACUAGACCCAUCCGUCACGCUGCCUGCCGUCAUUCGAAAACUCGAUAUCGUUCACUGGCAACAAGGUCUCAAAGCGCAAUUAACAUGUUGGAUGAAGGACGGAAAAUCACCGUUUGCGAAAGUGAUAAAUGAACUAGAGCCUGUUUCAAAGGGUGAGAGUCAGCUGCUUCUUACACACUCGCCCAUCACCGCUGAAUCAGAGAGCGGCCGUUCGGUACAAACUGACGACCCGAUUGAGACAACCCUUCCACUAGUUUGUUCACUCUAUGCGCAAAAUGCUCUCCCGGCUCUUUUCUUCAACUAUGACCGGGCUAAAUGUGAAGAAAUUUGUCGUACGUUGCUCACGCGCUUUCAAGAUGCGGAGAAAGAGUGGAAAGAAGUUAAUCCAGCGUGGAAAGCCAAGGUUGCUCAGUGGGAGGAAUGGAAAAAAUACCAGGAGAAAGCAUCCAAGAAAGCGCAAAAGAUCGCAAAAAAAGAUACUAAUGACGGUGAAAUGUCCAAGGCAGACCGGGCACGAGAUACUGCAUCCGCCGAGACGAGUUGGCUCGAAACCUUUGAUCCUGACCGACCUGUGGAGGGUUUCCAUGUGGCAGAUAUUAAAAAGCUUACACCAUCACAAUUCCAAGAGUACACUAAUAAAUUACGACAUUUUUCUAUUGCAGAUUGGCUAAUCGAUGCUCUGGAGCGUGGCAUCGGUGUACAUCAUGCUGGUAUGAACCGCAAAUACCGACAGGUUUGCGAAAUGCUAUUCCGUCGAGGAUUCUUGCGAGUGGUUAUUGCUACCGGCACUCUGGCUUUGGGUAUCAAUAUGCCGUGUAAAACGGUCGUUUUUUCCGGAGACUCUGUGUUCUUAACAGCUCUUAACUUUCGCCAGGCCGCUGGUCGGGCAGGUCGCCGUGGUUUUGAUAUGCUUGGAAAUGUCGUCUUCCAGGGCAUCUCCUAUGCAAAAAUUUGUCGGUUGAUCAGCUCCAGACUUCCAGAUCUCAAUGGGCACUUUCCAAUCACAACAAGUUUAGUCCUACGUCUUUUCAUCUUGCUGAACGAGUCAAAACAGUCGGUAUUCGCUAUCAAGGCAAUCAAUUCCCUGCUUUCAUGCCCACGCAUUUACUUAGGUGGGCCUGCCAUGAGGGACACGGUGCUGCAUCACCUCCGGUUUUCUAUUGAAUACCUUCGGAGAAACAGGUUGCUUAGUAGCACAGGUGCACCGUUGAAUUUUGCUGGCUGUGUAUCCCAUCUCUACUACACUGAGAAUUCCAGCUUUGCAUUCCAUGCUUUACUUGAAGGCGGCUAUUUUCAUAAGCUUUGCCAAGGCAUCAACUCUAAACCUAAAUCAACCUUACUUACGUUAAUGCUCACCAUGGCGCAUAUUUUUGGACGGAGAAAUCUCCGAUCUUCUAUUAUCGAAACGUUUCAAAGGGGCGACAGCAGGACCUCCUCACUUGUUCUCCUUCCGCCAAUGCCAAGGCAAGCAGCACAAAUCUUACAUCUGCAAAACAAGAAGACGCUUGGUGUUUAUGCUGCAUAUGUAACAACUUUCAUUGAGCAACACAUUCAGGAGCCCGAUUGUACCUUACCCCUUAGUAAUAUGAAAUGCGGUGGAGAUCAUUCGGCCGCAGAGCUUGGUGUUGGCUGGUAUCCUGAAAAGCCUACCCGAGUAACAUCUCCUUUCUUUGCCCUUUCUGGGCACCGUGACGAAUGGGAUAGCGUAUAUCAUCUUUGCAGGACUGUUCGUAGUGGGAUCUGGCUUGAAGAGUCAGUGAUUCCUUACGUGUCUGUGGAGGAAGACGAAAGAAAAAUGCCUCUGAACGCCUACCUAUAUGAUUUUUUCAAGCACGGGAACGUUCAUGAGCUGGAAAGUGCGAAUCGAGUUCGACGCGGUGACGUUUGGUUUGUCCUCAAUGAUUUCUCGCUCAUUCUUGCGACAAUUGUGACUAGUUUUGAAAAUUUCCUACAGCUCUCGAGUAACGUUGACGUGGAUAUGAUUGACGUUAUGGGCGGUGGUGAUGCGCACGAAAAUGAACUUGAUGACCAUGUUAUUGAGAAUGGGGCUCCAGUAACAACUCAUGGUGCUGCCAGUGCCGGGGUACUUCCGAUCCGCCAGCAGCAGGUGCCCACGGCUGCCCCUCUCCAAAGCAAUCCCCCAACCCAGAAAACCAAAAAAAAGGUCACGGAAAGCUGGGACGAUGACCUAUCAGAUGAUUCAGAAGACAAUGGAGAGUUUUCCGACGGUUAUAGUGAUGUAAAAAAAAGCAAUAACCAGGGAGAUACGCCCAGCAUCGAAACCUCAAAUGUCUCUAGCGUCAAUGACUUGUUAUUGGUGCUUAAGGCCUUCAGGAUGCUCCAGAGCGAGUUCAACCAGAAGUUUAGAGCAAUGUGGGCAUAG